AUGGGGCGCUCCAAGAGUAAGCGCAAGUCCGAGCCAUCAUUCGUGGUGGAUACGCAGAGUGAAAAUGUGCCAGAGAGUAUAGGUAUGACAUCGAAGACAGCAGGCUCGUCCACAUCAACAGCGACGGGCCUAGAUCUUCCUGACCACGUGGAAAUUGUCACACGCGAUACCCCAUCCAUCGAGCCGGUGCCGGCACAAGACGGCGAAUACGAGCAGCUGGACGCGGAUACCUCGCGGUACUAUGAUGCGGAGGCGAAUGACGAGCGUAAGCGCAAGGGAAUCUGUCCCGUGUGUGGCGAGGCGGGUCACGAUAAAAAAAAGUGCCCUUACAAGCAAUGUUUGGCCUGUGGCGCAGUCAACGAGCACACGACGCGCGACUGCCCCUUGAGUACGAGCUGCUUUCGGUGUGGUGGUGUAGGGCACCUUAGUAGGGACUGCCCUGCGCCAAGAACUGGCUCCAGGCGUCGAGUGUGUGAGCGUUGUGGAAGCACUUCGCACCCAGAAACCACCUGCCAUACACUCUGGAGGCAAUAUACCUACUACGCACCGGACGAAUACGACAAGGUCCGCGCCAAAAAGUAUCGACACGAGCAGCGGAGGAUGUCUGACGCGCAGAAGCGCGAGAAGAGGCAAAACAAGGCCCGGCAGGGAUGGGCCGCAAACCUGGUUCUGCCGGACCAUGAUGCUGGUCCCAGUGAUGAUACUGAGGAUGAGCAACCACAUCCCUCGGCUCCUCGUGACUGGGAUCCAGCGCGGCGCGUGUGCUAUAAUUGCGCAGCCGUGGGUCACCAUUGGGGUGAUGAUUGUUUCUUACGUCGCACGAAUCCGACACGACCGACCGGCGAUCCGUCGCCAUUUAGCGAGCUAAUGGCUCAUACGGGCCCCUUUCGUAUGCAGCAUCACGAUACCAUGCGCUCGCGGCGGCCGUCUGCGCCGCCUCCGCCCACGCGCACUCGGCACAGCCUGCCGGGUCGACCAUCGCUGUUGGAUGACAUGCAAGAUAUGGAUGAGCAAUACUGGCUUGCCCGGCACAAGAAGCUACGUGGCCAAGAUGCGGCCCUAUCAGACUUGGAAGACGACACGCCCCCGCAGCCCAAGCCGUCCAAACGGCCGCACCGUGCUGGGCCGCGGGGCCGCGGCUCUCGUUUCCAACCGCGCUAUCGUGGAGGAUAUACGUAA